CCCGCAUGGGGUGGUUCAGUUUACGGAAGGCGAAGGACGGGAGAGGGAUGGCUGAGGAUAACGACUGGAGGCACAAGCUCGUGAAUGAAAAUGCCAACUUGAAAAAACAGGUCAAGUUAUUGGAGGAGAAUCUGAUGCUGAAACUGAUCCUCAGUGAGAGUUACUAUGAAAAUGAUCAGAGAAGCCGAGAAUUAAAGGCCCCCAAAGCCUCAGCUUUUCCUGAAGCCUACUCCCCAGGAGAACGAGUUUUCCAUUCUGUUCCAGUCCAGGAGCACGGGGGGCCCAGCAGUACACCAGAGACUUCAGCGCCAUUCCAGACUUCAUCCCUGGAAGAUUUGCUUAUCACCCAAAUCAACAUCUCCGGCAAGGAAGAGGACACCCCAUCCUGUACUACCCCGGCCCCAGCCGCUCUGAAGGAGUUUUUCCAACCACCAGAUUUGGAGCUGUCAAGAAUGAUAGAGAGAAAGCAAACCCAGCACUUAAACCAUGUACCGAGCCUGAAGGAGAAACCGCUGCCCAAGCCCAAAGAAAUAAUCAGGAAAAAGAAAGUGUGCUUUUCCGAGAGUGUGCUGAUAGCAGAAGAUAAGACCAGGAAGAGCUAUUAUCUAAAUGCACAGCAGGGAAAGGUUAUGAAAACGCCGGAGAUCUUGGGCUCACUUCGACACUCCGUAUUGGAUGAAUUCCCUUCUUCCUCCGUCAACGCUCCAAAUGAGGAAGGCGCUUCCUCUGGCUGCUCUUCUGCUGAAAAACGGAAUAUUUUUAAAGGCUACCUCAGUGUGCCAGACUCGUCUGAACACAGAAGCCCAGAGAGGAAGUUAAGUCAACCUCUAAAUAGCGCUGAAGACGCAGAGGCCGAGAAACCGCUAGCCCAACACCAAGAAAUGCCAAAGCUAAAGAAAGUCUGUUUUUCGGAGAACCCCAUAUCUAGAGGAAAUAUGAAAAAGCCUCAGAACUAUUAUAUAAACAGUAUUGACGUACAGUGCUUCUCUGGCACCGAGAAAGAUAGACGCAUCGUCGGGGAGAUCGCCUUCCAGUUGGAUAGACGGAUCUUGGUGUAUGCUUUCCCGGGAGUGAGCAGGCUUUAUGGAUUCACGGUGUCCAAUAUCCCUGAGAAGAUCAAACAGAUUUCCAUAAACCCCCUGGAUGGUUCCGUGGAUGAGAAGAAGCGCCGGGAGCUGACACAUCGCUUCCUGGCCCUCACCACCCGGCUGGAGAAAUUUGGCUACAGAAGGGACGUGCACCCGAGGUUCUGCGAGUUCCUCAUCAACACCUUCGGCAUCCUGAAGGACCGGUCCAAGCUGCAGUCCAACGCCCUCCACAACAACCCGGGCGCCCUGCGGAAGAUGGUGAUCGACGUCGUGCCCCCUAAGUUUCUCAAGGACACCCUGUUGCUGCUGAGCUGCUUGUGUGAGCUCUCCAAGGACGACAGCAAGCCCCUGUUUAGCUGGUAAGGAGCCCCGUAGCUUACUUCCCGCCAGGAAAUAUAGAGCCCAAGAAUCCCAUUCUUAUGGAAGUCACAAAGUGCACGACUAUGAUCUUUUCUACAAUAAAUAAGCUCG